UCAGGCCGGAAGUUCCAGUAUCAGACGACGACAUAGUUAGUAGCCAAUCAGAAGCCUUUCUGGUCAGACCGCCAAUAAAAACCCCGCUAAUUACGGUUUAUGGCAGCAUGUGAAUCGUCUAUCCUUGAUACCACGAGUUUUUGCUACACUACGAUGCCACACAUUUUUAGACUUUAUCAGAACCCUGCUCUCACUGAAGGCAGCCAGGAGGCUGUUGUCACCAAGAUCAACUGUCAGCUUGUAAACAGAAAGUGUGUGGAGCUUCAAACUGAAAUAUGCUUCUAUAUUAAUGUGGAUGGCCAUGAACUUACUGAGGAUGAAUUGGAGUGUCUUAUGUGGGUCUUAUCCACACCAUUUCAAGAAGACCAUCUAACAACUGCUUCCAUUUUUAAGCCAGAGCAGACUGGGUUGUUGGUGGAGAUUGGGCCAAGAUUAAAUUUUUGUACACCCUUUUCUACAAACUGUGUGUCCAUUUGCCAAUCAGUUGGUCUGCAUCGAGUCACCAGAGUAGAGUGUUCAACACGUUUUCUUCUUAAUUUUGAGGGAGAAGGAAGUCUGUUGGCUGAAGAGGAAGAGAAAUUGGUGCUAGCACUUCAUGACCGCAUGACACAGUGUCGCUACAUGGAACCACUGACAACGUUUGAACAGAGUGUUCAUGCUGAUAAUAUCUUCGAAGUUGAUGUUAUUGAAAAAGGCAGGGAGGCAUUAGAGCAAGCAAACAAGGAUUUGGGACUAGCAUUUGAUGACUGGGACCUGGAUUAUUACACAAAGAUGUUUGUAGAGAAAAUCAAGCGCAACCCUACCAGUGUUGAAUGUUUUGAUCUUGCACAGUCAAAUAGUGAGCACAGCCGGCAUUGGUUCUUCAAGGGGCAUAUGGUGAUCAAUGGGGAGGAACUGCCAGACUCUCUCUUCUCCCUCAUCAUGUCCACUCAACAACACAGCAAUGACAACAAUGUUAUCAAGUUCAAUGACAACAGCAGCGGAAUAAAAGGCUACACAAGUAAAAUACUUACUCCUAAAAAUAGCUUCAUUCCAGGACCUUUUGAAGUUAAAGACAAUGUUACAAGGCAUAUUAUCUUUACUGCUGAAACACACAACUUUCCUACAGGUGUAGCUCCAUUUCCUGGUGCAACAACAGGCACAGGAGGUCGAAUCCGAGAUGUACAGAGCACAGGUCGAGGUGCUCAUGUUGUAGCUGGUACUGCUGGAUACUCCUUUGGAAACCUUUUGCUUCCAGACUACAUUCUGCCUUGGGAAGAUCCAGAAGAAUACCCAUCAAAUUUUGCAUCGCCUGCAGAAAUAGCAGUUGAAGCCAGUAAUGGUGCAUCAGACUACGGAAACAAAUUUGGAGAACCAGUCUUAGCUGGCUUUGCUCGCUCAUUUGGUCAGAGAUUGCCAGGUGGUGAACGCAGAGAGUAUAUUAAGCCAAUUAUGUUCAGUGGCGGCAUUGGAACACUUGAUGGACAGCAUGUGACAAAAAUGAAGCCCAGUACAGACAUGGAGGUGGUGAAGGUAGGAGGUCCUGUGUACCGUAUUGGUGUUGGUGGGGGUGCGGCCUCCUCGGUGCAGGUGCAAGGUGACAACAAAGUGGACCUUGACUUUGGUGCUGUACAACGUGGGGAUGCUGAGAUGGAGCAGAAGCUCAAUCGUGUCAUUCGAGCGUGUGCUGAGCAGGGGGCAGACAACCCUAUCUGCAGCAUCCAUGACCAGGGUGCUGGCGGCAAUGGUAACGUUUUGAAGGAAAUUGUAGAGCCAGCUGGUGCAGUUAUCUGGGCAGACAAGUUUCAGCUGGGUGACCCAACAAUAAGUAUUUUGGAGCUUUGGGGGGCAGAGUACCAGGAGAGUAAUGCCCUACUGGUACAACAGAAAGAUGAAGAUAAUUUGCAGAAGCUUGGUCAGAGAGAACGGUGUCCUGUUUGUUUUGUUGGAACCAUAACUGGGUUCAGGGAAGGUAAGAACAUUUUCAAUUCUUUAUUCAGGUCUUGUGGAUCUCAAGCUGCAGGCCGCCUGCCAGUUGACCUUGAUCUUGACUGUGUUCUGGCAUCCAUGCCUCGCAAGGUGUUCAAUCUGACAUGUAGCAAACCAGAUUUGCACCCUCUAAUUUUACCAAGCAGUCUCCUUGUUGAGGAGGCAUUGGCUCGAGUUUUACGACUUCCAUCAGUGGCCAGCAAGCGAUAUCUUACUAACAAGGUGGAUCGGUCGGUGACAGGUCUAGUAGCACAGCAGCAAUGUGUUGGUCCACUGCACACUCCACUGGCAGAUGUGGCUGUUGUCGCUAUUUCAUACUUUGACACAGUUGGUUCAGCAACAGCCAUUGGUGAGCAGCCUGUGAAGGGACUAGUAGAUUCAGCUUGUGGAGCCAGACUGUCUGUUGCUGAGUCUCUCACUAACCUGGUGUUUGCUCGUGCCACAGCUCUGAAGGAUGUGAAGUGCAGUGGAAAUUGGAUGUGGGCUGCCAAGUUACCUGGUGAAGGGGCAGCCCUUGUCGAAGCCUGCAAGGCUAUGUGUGAUGUUAUGAAGCAGCUCGGCAUCGCUGUUGAUGGGGGCAAAGACUCGCUCAGCAUGGCGGCUCGUACAGGAAGUGAAGUGGUCAAAGCACCAGGAACACUUGUGGUGUCAACUUAUGGUUGCCCUGAUAUAAGAGACACUGUCACCCCUGACCUCAAGUGUCCUGGAGGGCAAGGCAGCUUACUGUGGGUUACUCUGGGAAGUGGGAAGCACAGAUUAGGAGGAAGUGCUCUGGCCCAAUGCUUUAAACAAGUUGGGGAUGAAGUUCCAGAUCUGGAUGACCCCAGCCACCUUGUCAUUGUUUUCAACAUUGUGCAGAAACUUCUUACAGAACACAAGUUGACUGCAGGCCAUGAUGUCAGUGAUGGUGGACUGAUAACAUGUGUUCUUGAGAUGGCCUUUGCUGGUAACUGUGGUCUCACAAUCAACGUUCCUUCUGGAAUGCAGGCUGCUGGAGAUGCCAAGAGUGAAGACAAUGCACUGGCUGUGCUGUUUGCGGAGGAGGUGGGAUUGGUCUUGGAGACAAGACCAGAAGAUGCUGAGGUAGUGUGUGGAGAGUUCAGUGCAGCAGGCAUUACAUGCCAUCUGAUUGGUUCAUCCUGUGCAGUCUCUUCGCCUGCAAAACCACAGAUUCAGAUUUCUGUGGGUAACAAUACAGUUUUAACAGCUGCCAUGACAGAGCUCCGCGACAUUUGGGAAGAGACCAGUUUUGUGCUGGAGAGGAGACAAGCCAAUGUACACUGUGUGCAGCAAGAACAAGAAGGGUUGAAGAAUCGCUGUGCCCCACCAUAUACUUUGACCUUCGAUCCUGAUGCCAUGUUACCUAUUACCAAAACUAUUGAGUCACCUCCUCGCGUUGCAAUUAUCCGGGAAGAAGGAAGCAAUGGAGACAGGGAGAUGGCUGCAGCUUUUACUUUCGCUGGAUUUGAGGCCUGGGACGUGAACAUGCAAGAUAUCAUGGACCAGAAAGUAACUCUUGAUGCAUUCCGUGGUGUGGCUUUUGUUGGAGGCUUCAGCUACGCUGAUGUCUGUGGCUCAGCCAAAGGAUGGGCAGCCACAGUUCGCUUCAACAGUACCGUUCGAGACCAGCUGGGUCAAUUCAAGGCUCGUUCUGAUACAUUCAGCCUGGGAGUGUGCAAUGGAUGUCAGCUGAUGGGCUUGCUUGGCUGGGUAGCUCCUGCAGGCACAGCUCCAGAAGGUGAACCUCUGCAGGGAGUGUUCCUUGACCACAACUUGUCUCAGCGCUAUGAAUCUCGUUUUAGCACUGUCCGAGUUGCUUCAUGCCCAGCCAUAAUGCUGCAUGGGAUGGAAGACACAGUGUUUGGCAUGUGGGUCUCACAUGGCGAGGGGCGGAUGGUGUUCAAGGACCGAAACAUAUCCACUCAUGUAAAAAGUAAGAACCUCAUCUCGCUGCGUUUUGUAGGAGAUGAUGGCCAGCCAUGCACGGUCUACCCUCUAAAUCCAAACGGGUCUGCUGAUGGCAUAGCUGGGCUGUGUUCCGAAGAUGGGCGGCACUUAGCAAUGAUGCCUCAUCCUGAAAGAUGUGCGCUGGCUUGGCAGUGUCCGUGGAUGCCACCAGACAUGCGUGCACAGCUGACAUAUUCCCCAUGGAUCAGAAUGUUUCGUAAUGCCUUCAAGUGGUGUGUUGAUGGAGAGUUGCAGUGAUGAGUCUGAAAGCAUGGUGAUUGUAGAUGUGGUUUUUUGCUAUCAAUCAUUGGUGUUGUGCAGUAUUUUGGGGUUUUUUCUUUUUAGGGGAGAACUUAUAAAUGAGCAAACCUCUGAUGUGUCUCAUCUGUUUAUAUCACAGUAUGUUUUUCUUCUCUAAUGGCUAAUGAUUUAGGUGUGGGUCCUGCUUUUACGGUUUACAGGGCUGGCUACUUUCUAUAACACAUUGCCUUAAAUGCUGGCUUUGUGUAAGAUACCAGUGAAAGGUAGAGAUAAACACAUAUAGCCAGCCACUGCAGCCUGUGCUUGAAAAUUAAAUCCAUCAAAAUUUACUUUUUUUUUUUAAAGGCCUGUUUGGAGUAUAAAUGUGUUUACUAUCAACUGUAUGAUUGUAAACGCGUCUGCAAGUGUUCAACAUCAUCCUUUCAUGGAUUUCCAAAGGAUGAACAAAUUAAAAAGCUUUGGCGGGUAAAAAAAA